AAAAACACCACACGAUUAAUACACACUAACCCACUGAAAAAUUAACAUGAUAAUUAUCACUAUCUUAUAACAACAUUACUACACUUUACAUAAACUAUCAAUCAACACACAUAUACAUAUACAUGUACAUGUACAUAUACAUGUAGGUCACAUGAUCUAGUAGCUUAUCAGAAAAUGGCCAGCAAGCAAGUCAAGACAGACUCUACACUCUCCCUCUCUCCCUCUUCUCCUCAAAACUCGAAAUGUCCUCCAACCUGCUCUAUGCCAAAGAUUUACGGGAUAGUAGAAUCAAAGAAGGCCACUUUAGUUCUAAUUUGGAGUGCCAUCAUACACUUCUUCUACAUAUUAUACCUAGUCAAUCCUUCAGAUGAGAAGUACACUAUAGCAGGUGCUUUAUUUGGAUUUCUACUCAUCCUCUAUCCUCUAUCGGGCUGGAUUGCAGACGCUUUUCUAACACGUUUCUGGACCAUGUUUAUUGGGCAGUUACUAGUAAUAGUAGGCUCUUUUGUCACAACGCUCCUUCGGUUCUAUACAUCGGCAUCAGUUCAGUUGAUAGGACUGAUGAUAUCAGCUAGUGGACAGGCUCUAUUUGAAGUUAAUGCUAUUCAGUUUGGUCUGGAUCAGUUACAGACCCAUUCCACUGAUAAUUACAGAUAUUAUGUGUACUGGUACUACUGGACGAUGGAACUGGGACAUUUUCUCUAUGGGACUUUUGUUUGUAUAGGCAGAGGCUAUGCAGACAAUGAAGCUACUCAUGACAUCACUGGUGCCAUAUUCUCCAGCAUACAGAUCUCACUCCUCAUACUCAUGACAAUACAAAUGCUUUGCUGGCGUCGGAAAUUCUACAACCACCAGACAGGAUCCCACCCCUUCAAACUAAUAAUCCAAGUACUUAAUUACUCACGAAAGCACCGACGCUCCGCCCACCCAAUUAGUGCCUUCCAAUACACAGAUAACGAGGUACCAUCUUGUCUUGACCGCUCUAAAUAUAAAUAUGGCGGACCUUUUACAACGGAGCAAGUCGAAGACGUUAAAGUAUUCUUUUAUAUAUUAUUGCUGCUUGUUCCUCUUUCAGCUAUUUAUUUUGUUGAUGAGCUCCAUACACUAGCAUACCAGUUCAUAUCAGAUGAAGAAUUAAAAGAUAGACUUCCUUAUGGAAAGUGUCUAUUAGUUGAAGUCCCGAGUUGGAUUCGUAGCGCCUUAGCUUUCUUUCUCAUCCCAGUUUAUAUUUUUCUAAUCAGUCGGGUUACAAACCGUUUCGCUUAUCACACCUCGUUGCUAUGGCGACUCGGAAUCGCACUCUGUCUCACUUUCGCCGGAGUGUUGACCUUAUUUGGACUCCAACUAGACAUAACACUCCAUAAAAUGUCAAAUAUCACUGAAUUCGUCUCAGAAACUUGUAACUCCACCAACAUCAUCAACUACAACUGGCUAUUGGUGCCGGAGGUUCUAAACGGUCUAAGUUACGUCAUAAUUUUCUCUUCGACGCUUGAAUUCGUCUGCGCCCAAUCUCCAUACAGUACGAAAGGUUUUCUAAUCGGAAUCUGGUUCUCCUUCCAAGGCAUAGACAGUGUUAUCCUCGCACUGCAGAGAUUUUUCGAGCUAGACUGUUAUUUUGGAUACUACAUUGCUAAAGGGAUAUUAAUGAUGGGGCUAAUGAUACUAUUUCUAUUUAGUGCCCGGGUAUAUCGCUAUAGACGAAGACAGGAUAAAGACACUAGGACUAUCAUUGAGGAGUAUUACAAUACGAAAGGAUUGGAGGAUAGUGAGGACAAUGAUUAUAAUAAUAGUAACAACAGUGUGAACAGGUAUUUAGAUUAUACAGCGUUAAAUUAUUGAUGUAUUAUU